UCCCGGUCCCGGUCCCGGCCCGCUGAUGGCGGCCCGGCGGCUCCGCGGCGCCCUCCAGCUCGGGGCGCGGCAGCGCCUGCGGACGGCGGCGGCCCCGCCCGGCAGGCACGUGGCCCCGUGCGGGCUCCGGCUGGCCCGGCCGGGCCCCGCGGGUUGGGAGCCCCGAGCGCAGCCGAGCCGGAGCUUCCUGAGCCUCGGCAACCGGCGCAAGGAGUACUCGGAGCGGCGCAUCAUCGGGUACUCCAUGCAGGAGAUGUACGACGUGGUGGCCAACGUGGAGGACUACAAGAACUUCGUGCCCUGGUGCAAGAGGUCGGUGGUGCUGGCGCGGCGCUCGGGGCACCUGAAGGCGCAGCUGGAGGUGGGAUUCCCGCCCGUGCUGGAGCGCUACACCUCCAUCGUCACCCUGGUGCGGCCACACCUCGUCAAGGCCGUCUGCACCGACGGGCGCCUCUUCAACCACCUGGAGACCAACUGGCGCUUCAGCCCCGGCAUCCCCGGCUACCCCCGCACCAGCACCGUGGAUUUCUCGAUCUCCUUCGAGUUCCGCUCCCUGCUGCACUCCCAGCUGGCCACCGUCUUCUUCGACGAGGUGGUCAAGCAGAUGGUGGCCGCCUUCGAGCGCCGCGCCGCCAAGAACUUCGGGCCCGAGACGCGCAUCCCGCGGGAGCUGAUGUUCCACGAGGUGCACCAGACGUGAGGGCGGCGGGGCCGGGCACCCCCGGACCGUACCGGGCACCCCAAACCGUGCCGGGCCCGUGCCGAGCCCACCCCCCGAAAUAUUUAUUCGAGAAUUGCGUUUCUGCUGCCGUUGCCUCAACGCCCCCCUCGGGGCUGCCGUGAGCUGCGUCCCGGCGCUGGACUCACCCCGGUUUUGCAGCUGAUUUGGGGUUUUAAUGUUUUAGUUCUUGUUUGGUUGGGUUUCUUGUUUUCUUUCUUUUUUUUUUUUGGUUCUUUUUGAGCUCCUCAGCCAGGCCGGAGGGCCCCGGUGGGGGCAGCUCCGGUGCUGGGCCCCGCCGUGUCCCGGGGAGGAGCGGGAUGGGGGGUUUGGUGGGAGGGGGAGAGGGGGGGGGAUGAAAAAAAAGCUGCUGGGACCCCCCUGCCCCAUUUCCCCCCCAGCUCCUCCAGGAACAGAAGGGAAGGAGCCCCCUGAGCCGCCGCACACUUUGCACAAGCCACACGCACAGGGUGGGGAGGGGGCGGCUCCUGCUGCCCCCCCCCGCUGCCCCCCACCCCAGCACCCUCCGCAGGGCACCCCCACCGCCCCCCAACUCACAGUUCCUCACCUUUGGGGGGGGGAGGGAUGGGAAGGCCUCGGUUUCCCCCCACCACCACCACGAAGCCCCCCCGGGGGGGGUGAGGGGCUCCCCGAGCCCCCCGAGCCUGUCCCGAGUGCUGCCCGAGGAGGGAAGGGCUUUGCCAGGCCAAUAAAGAGAAUUUCCCAAGGGUCA